ACUGUUAGUGCCCUCUGCUGUGAGUCACAAAAACACAGUAUAUAAAUAGAGAUUUUAAUAGGUGCCUGUUUAUUUCCAGCAGGAUUUCUGGUUGAAGCAGCGGCAAAGGGAAAAACCAGAUCUUGCCAUGUCUGUGCUGAACGCAGUACCUUUCAUGCGGCCAAUCCACCUUCGAUCACCACGCCAGCAGAGACGGCACACACUACCCGCCAGUGAAUUCCGCUGUCUCUCCCCAGAAGAUGCAGUCAGUGUAUUUGAAAUAGAGAGAGAGGCCUUCAUUUCUGUGUCGGGAGAGUGUCCCCUCCAUCUGGAUGAGGUCCGGCAGUUCCUAACACUGUGUCCAGAGCUGUCACUGGGCUGGUUUGAAGAGGGACGGCUUGUGGCAUUUAUAAUUGGGUCAUUAUGGGAUCAGGACAAACUAAGUCAGGAUGCCCUAACCCUGCACAAACCCCAUGGUUCAUCCGUUCACAUUCACGUUCUUGCUGUACAUCGCACUUUCCGGCAACAGGGCAAAGGAUCGAUCCUGCUGUGGCGUUACCUCCAGUACCUGCGCUGUUUGCCUUUUGCACGGCGGGCUGUGCUAAUGUGCGAAGACUUUCUGGUUCCCUUCUACUCUAAGUGUGGCUUCAAGGCUGUGGGCCCAUGCAACAUCACAGUUGGACCCCUGGCCUUUAUUGAAAUGCAGUGUCGGGUCAGAGGUCAUGCCUUUAUGCGUAGAAAUAGCGGCUGCUAGCCCCCCUCCUGACCACAUAAUCUAAUAUCAUUAACCAGUUUGUUCAUCAAGGGUUGCAGUAUAUUGCAAAGCAGUGUGACUGACCCUCUGUCUUGGCAAAGUGAUUAAUGAAGCAGCGGCAGGGGGCUUCCAUUCAAAGUACUUCAGACAUGCCUAGGUUGAUUUGAGCUGCCCCCACAUAAAUAAAUGGUCUGACUGUGGUUACAGGAAAGAAGCUCUCACAGAACUUUGUAUAAAACUCAUCCAAUUUCUCCAAUUAUUUCACUGUACAAAACCCUCUUCAUUUUAA